AUGCUAUUGGUUCUUUACCACUCUCUCAUACAUAUCAGAAUUGCGUUCGGGGAUUCGUACACCUAUGUUCAAGGUACCAAAGGCUAUCCGGGAUUUAGCUUUAUUGGCAGUUACUUGCCUAGUCAGUUUGCUAUCACCGCCCACGAACUUUGGCAUGAUCAGAUCGUGCAGAACUUUAGCGGGACGGCCGAAGGUGGGCCUAAUUGGGUGGAGUUCUUGACAGGAUGUGGUCUCCAACCCGGCCUUACAUCCCCCAAAUCUUGCGAAAUACAACUAUGGGACUUUGCUUUCGCCGGCGCAGAUGUUUCAGAGAAGUUCACCCCGCUCCAUCAUAACUGGACGAUUCCACUUGUAAAUCAGACACAGCGUUUCUUGUCCUGGGUCCAGCCAGAAUUCCAAAAGAAAAAUGCAAUCAGCCAGAAAGAUACUUUGCUGGCUCUAUGGAUUGGAAUCAAUGACAUUGGAGACGUAAGCAGGUUAUCAAAUGUGUCAUUUCCCAGCUUAUACGAAUCUAUCGUCUCGACCAUUUUCAACGAGAGCGUACAACCUCUCUUCGAUGGCGGAUAUCGGGACCUUUUAUUAAUCAAUCUACCUCCUUUAGACAGAACGCCAGGGAAUGUGGGGAGCUCAAAUCCGCUCCCUAACAAAACGAUGAUAGGAUGGUGGAAUGAUGCAUUGUCUCAUUAUAGUCGAGAUUUUGUUUCUCGCCACCAGGACAUGAACAUAAUGAAUUACGAUGCUAAUUCCUUUCUAAAUUUUGUUCUUGAAAACCCAGAGGCUUAUGACAUUCGAAACACAACUGGAUACUGCCCCGGCUAUACUGAUCCAGACGUCAUGGUCGAUCCUGGAAAAUAUGGCUGUCUUCCGAUUGAUCAAUACUUCUGGUUCAAUACUGGGCAUUUGACAAGUCACAUACAUCACAUCUUGAGUCAAGACAUCGGAAAGUUUUUGCGCCAGCAAAGAAGUAAUAAAGGCACUUCGGGUAAAUUAUACAAGUUUCCUGGAUUAUGAGUUAGAAUAUAUUCUCGUAAGAACCUGGCUCUCUUUUUUUCAUGCAAUAAUCAAUCAGGAGCCAAGAAAAUCUUCUCACCAGGCAUAGUCGAUUAUAAUUAGCUCACCAUGCUAUACAACAUACGAUAGCUCAUGUAUAUCUUUACUUCUAAAAGUCUGU